AUGAAAUCCCUGAGGCGGCGGUCUCAGUCCAACUCGCGCAAAACCAAGCCCGGUUUCCAAAAGUUCCUCGAGUUUCUGGAGACUGAUGUCUGGAAGUUGCCAACGUUGAACUUCCUUGAAAAGAACUCCAUCUGUAGGUUAAUAUCUGGGACAGAUGUUGUUAUGUAUAUGUAAAGUGUUGCAUGUGACUACAACUUGUUUGUACAUACAAUAUAAUGUAAACACUGUAACUCAUUUUAUACCUCAGGCACAAGGUCUCGGAUAUUAUAGUACAUACAUAUAUUUUAAUAAGUUUUCGUUUGAUGUUACCCUUGUUAAUAAAAUUACAACUUCAAAGAUAACUUAUGUACACAGUACAUAUUACACUUCAGUGUUCAACCAAGACCAGGCCAAACACGAACUCUGUGUCCAAGCUCAUGAGAACUACACCGAACUCGUGGAUGCUCUCAUCGAAAGUUACUGUGCCGACUCGAAGAUCGAGAUAUCCGAGUUGGUAUCCUCACUCAAAUCACAAGAUUUGACAGUAAAGUUGAGUGAAAAAGAAAGAAAACUGUUGGAGCCAGUGUUGGCCGCUCAAGACAUCAAUGUUUUCGUUCAUCUGAUGACAAGGAUCAACAUCGAACUUCAGCUACAAGCCGUCAAGAUGUUGGAAGUAGGUUGAAACCCUUUUUUAAAUUAAUUUUUCGUCAAAUAUUCAUUAUUAACCUUAAAAUUGUAGCACAUUUGUGGAGUGAAUCCAGUGUCCUUCAAGCUGAGCGAGGAAGAAGCCGAGUUGUUCAAGAAUCUGUUGGACGAAGACGAAACUGAACGUUAUAUCAUCAUAUCAGUGCUAAAGUAAGUAAAAUAAUUUGGCUUGUGCCAUUGUUAAUGUUGCAGACAGAGCAAAGAAGAAUUCGAACGUGACGAAAAGCUUCGGAAGGCGUUGGAAGAUGCAUUCGAAGCUUCGUUAAGCGAGGUGAAGGAGCUUGAACGACAACGAAACGAAGAAGUCAACCAGUUGAAUCAUGCUAUUGCUGGGGUCUGUAAUUUUAAUUAUAAUCGCUUAAAGCCCACUUUCUGACAAUAAUAUCACAGUAAUUGUUCGUUGUAAAUUACUAUGGUAAAGCUGGAGAUUUUGCAGACAGAAUCAGACUUUAAAGCCCUGGAGAUAAAGUCAGAAUCGUCGAAGAAGAAUGGCAAAGAACCCGCUCCUCGGCGUGCUUCCGAAGCACCGUCGAUGAAGCUGAAUGCUGUGAAACCACCGUUGAAGCCUUCUACCAUGGUAAGUCAUUGAAGUGUUGAUCUAACCGCAAUGUUUAGAGCUUUUGCGAAGAAAAGACACCUACGAGCGACAACAAAUUCGACUUUAAGGUACGUAAAUUUACUUAAAACAAUUAUGCGUUACAUUGUUCCUUUUAUUGUUUUCAUCACUAAUAAAAAAAACAAAAAUUGUAACGAAAAGCUUAAGUUCAAGGUUAUUUUUUGGCGGAUUAUGCACUUUUUGACCGAACAUGAUUAUUUCAAGAAGGAACCUUUUCGAAAACACCUAGUACAAGAUUAUCGCUUUCCCAUAAACGUAAUUAACUGUAGGGUCUCCUGAACAAGAAAAUCAACGAAGACGACGAGAAAGUGAAACAACGUGCAGAAUACCUAAAGCAGCAGCGAGACAAGCUAAUCGAAGCCAGGCAAAAGCAAAGAGAGAAACAACUGAUCGAAGCCGCGCAGAAGAAUGCUACUGAUCGACCACGAACCUCUCAAGCUGCCCGAGGCGCUUUGCAGGGUUCAUUCUCCAAGUCGGAGAACAGCUCCGAGAUGAUGGAGGCCAGAAAGGCCAUCGCUUCCCGAAUCCGAGAACAAGUUAUGGGCCAGAAGACCGAGUCCAAAGAGUAA